AUGCAAGCAUGCAAUUCCAGUGGAUUCCUGAAUGAAUCAGGAAGUUGCAACACAGACUUAAACGCAGAGUGUUGCAAGUCCGGGGAGAAGUAUCCGCAAUUCAAAUGCUCUCCUCCGGUGACCGAUAAAACACGGGCAACCAUGACUAUCAAUAGCUUUGAUGAAGGUGGAGAUGGUGGAGGAGAGUCGGCUAUGAUGAUAGCCGAUCUCCAUAGUGAUAAGGAAUUGGUUGUGGCACUUUCCUCCGGGUGGUUUGAUGAUGGUAGCCGGUGCAAUAAAAAGAUCAGGAUCAAUGCAAAGGGUAAGUCUGUAUUAGCAAAGGUAGUUGAUGAGUGUGAUUCUGUGAAUGGUUGUGAUGAAGAACAUGACUUUCAACCUCCUUGUCGUAACAAUAUUGUUGAUGCUUCACCGGCGGUGUGGAAGACUUUAGGGAUCACCGGAGAAGAUGUUGGUGAAUUGGAUAUCACUUGGACUGAUGCUUGAAAAUGCAACUGUUUCCUGUCCUUAAUUUGAUCAAGUAAUAAGUUGUCAUCGACUAGCUCAAUUAAGUAUUU